AUGGCCGACCAGGAUGAGAUUCGAGGUAACUCAGUCUAUGAGACUGCUGAGUCUGGUGUCGAGAAACCUGUUGCUUUUGAGAAGCCGAAGGCCAAGUCUGGCUUCAUGGGAAAGGUGAUGGGAUUCUUUAAUAGUGAUGUUCGCAAGGAGAUACCUUCCUACAAGGAUAUUGAGAUUCACACCUGGAAUGGUCCUGAUGAUCCGGAGAACCCUUUCAACUGGGGCACCAAGUACAAAUGGCUUUUGACCCUCACUGUCUGCUUCAUCUCUAUCUUGACCGGUCUCCCUGCAGGAACCUAUGGCUCCGGCAACGACUGGAUGGAAACAGAGUUCAACGUGCAGAACUCACCUUUCCCAAACCUUUAUUGGGCUACCACGAGUUGGAAUAUGGGAGCGGCUUUCUGGCCUCUGAUAUUCGUGCCUCUCACCGAAUCUUCCGGCCGAAUGCCCGGAUAUUUCGUCGCCUAUAUCAUUCUAGUCAUCUCACUCUUCCCAUCCGCGUUCGCAAAGAACUUUGCGACUUUGGUCGUGACGCGGUUCUUUGGCGGCGGUGCUUCCUCUGUUUCGAUUAACAUCGUCGGUGGAAGUAUUAGUGAUGUCUGGUUCGGCAACAAGGCUCGCAGCUUGCCCAUGUCAAUCUUCGGUUUCACCAGUGUCGUGGGUAUUGCACUUGGUCCGUUCAUUGGUUCUGCUAUCGUACAGAUCCCUAAGAGCGAGCCCUGGCGUUGGAUUUUCUAUAUUCAGAUCAUUUAUAAUGCCGCCUUGAUCCCCGUGUUCUGGUUCAUCCUCCGCGAAACCCGACCCGACGUUAUCCUCAAAGCGCGCGCCAGAAAGAUCCGCAAGGAAACUGGCCGCCCGGUGUACGCAGCCGCCGAGAUUGACGCGCCGAACAAGCUUACCCUGGUGAAGUUGUCGUUCCAACGACCAACCCGCAUGUUGACCUCUGAACCUGUGGUCAUCUUCUUUACGCUCUGGAUCAGUUUCGCUUGGGGAAUCCUGUAUCUGUUCUUCUCCAGUGUUGUGCAGACCUAUUCCACAAACUACAACUGGGGCAGUCUCGCAACUGGCUUGGUCCAGCUUGCCAUAUCGGUCGGUGCCAUCAUCGGUACAAUCAUCAACCCAUUCCAGGACUGGCUCUACCAGCGUUCUGCAGGCCGCAACACGGAGAAGCCCGGUACCCCAAUCCCCGAGGCCAGACUGUACACCGCUAUCCCCGGCAGUAUUCUUUUCGCGGCCGGUCUGUUCUGGUAUGGCUGGGCUAGUCAGCCAGAUAUUCACUGGAUCGUCCCAACAAUCGGUAUCACCGCUGCCGGUAUCGGUAUCUACUCCAUCUACAUGGCUGUCGUUAACUACCUGACCGACGCUUAUGAGCGCUACGCUGCGUCUGCCCUGUCGGCUGCUUCUCUUGGACGAAAUUCAUUUGGUGCAUUUUUACCGCUCGCUUCGCCCCAACUGUUCAGUAACCUCGGUUUCGGCUGGGCUGGUACUCUUCUUGGAUUCAUUGGUAUUGCGUUGUCGGUUGUGCCUGUGGUUUUGGUCUUGAAGGGGCCGCAGAUUCGGGCUCGUAGCACUUUCAUGCGCGAGGCUAUGUGGGAACCGGAGGAGAAGGUUGAGGUUGAUACUUCUGGUAAGGGUGAGAUGGGACCCUCUGCUGAGAAUGCCGAGGGGAUUGUAUAA